UACUUACGCAUGCAUAUAAUGUCCAUAAUUAUGGCUUUAAAAUAAAUCUACGGCAGCACAUACCACAUAUUUUAAUGCAAGUGAGCUCCUAAAGCUAAAUUAGACGUAUUUUUGGAUACGAAAACACGUCUUUUUGAGCAGGCAAUCUUGUUUAGGACCACAGGUAAAAAUCCGUAGUAUCUAGGUGAUAGAAAGCUAUUAUUGUUCAUAAUGUUGUUUACAGUGGCCGACCAGGCAGGACUGUUACAGUACUGCUGUAAAUAUUGUCAUCAACCACGAGAUAUAAGAGAUGAGAGAUGCCUGCGGAGGAGGCUAGAGACAACUUUGGGGUGGUAUAAAUUGGGCGUGGUGGUAUUGUGCCGAUUAUGUGUCGAGCCUUUACUUCAUGAAACAUACAAUAUAACAACAAUUCAAAUAUGGCGGCCAAAUUGCGAAUAGAUAUUGUAUUUGCAAAAGAUGCUUUUUCACACCAUCCUUCACAGGAUCUUCUUUUAUAUGGUCGCAACAGAUUCGAUGGCAAUGGAGAUAAAAUAAUAUAUGUGAAUGAUGUUGUUCCUUUGCCUGAAAAUAAAUGCAGUCAAAUCCCAUAUUUCACAUAUCAAGACUCAAAUAAUUCAAGUUCGAAUCUUAUAAUUGGAUUGGUUUGCAACAAUAUACACAAUGCUGACCACGAAAGAAUGCUUGAAGUUCUGAAACAAGAGGCUAAAUUGAAAGAAUGUUGUGUUCUUGUGAUAUCAAUUAAUGAAAUUUGUCCUGGAAAAUUACUUUUACUUAUAAACUCCGGAUUUUCUUUGGAACGAACACCACCCUUUGAACAUUCCAAUAUCAAGGAAACACCUAACACUGAAGUUCGCAUUGUCUGUCUAAAACAGAACUUAAGCGUUUCCAAGUUGAGUUGUUGGUACUUGAUGGAUACGGAUAAGUCUACCUUGGAUUCCUUGAAAGGAAGAAAAUUUUCAAAACGUUACAUAAACGGGAUUCAAGGUCAACAAGUAAAUAGUACAACAGACAAGCAUUCCAUUUUAACUGGUGGAAACGACACUAAUAAUAGGAGUAACAGUGUCCCAGCUGCAUUUGAAUUGUUGUUUCUGUCAGUUUCAUGGCUUCUCAGUUUGGUUCAACAAAGGCUUAUAUUUGCCACUGUGCUAUUUGGAUAUUUACCUAAAUACCUGUUUGUUGCAAAACAGUUGUCACAUAGAAUGAACCAACUUCAUGACAUGUUCAUCAACAAACAAGAAAGACAGGAGCAAGUUAAUAUUGGUUCAAAGUUGGUAACCAAUGGCAAUCUGAUUAUAUCAUUAGUGGUUGAUAUUGUUUUGGGAUUCCUGGUAAUUUAUUUUGUAUUCUUGAACCAGCAUUCAUUGUCAAUGUCUUCUUGGCUUAUUGGUCAGAAAUAUAAUAUUGCAGAACACUUAUCCAACUUGCUCAAAUGGUUGAUGGGUUCACCAGCUGGUCUCAAGCUAAACAUACCACUUAAUCAAUUCCUUGGAAAUUUUUAUAGUUAUCAUGUACAUUUGUGGACAAGCUAUCUCUUUUUCAUUGAAGCAUAUUUACCAACAAUUAUUUUAGGAUGUACCCUAGCUGGUUGUCUUGGUGUAACAUUUUUGAUCGCACUGUUAUGUGAUCUUUUGUCACUUCUAACCGUGCACAUCUAUUGCUUCUACAUUUAUGCUGCAAGACUAUUUGGUCUAGAGAUUCAUGUCUUGGCAUCAUUACUGAGGUUAUUCACUGGCAAGAAGUGGAAUUCCCUCCGAAACAGAGUUGACUCUGUGGAGUAUGAUGUUGAUAGAUUGUUCAUUGGAACCUUGCUAUUUACAAUCUCCUUGUUUCUCUUUCCUACCAUAUUCCUUUAUUAUAUUGUCUUCACCAUUUUACGAAUUUUGGUUCUUUUGGUGCAAUCAUUUUUAUAUGGUAUGGUAGCAUUGGUGAAUACAUUUCCAUUCUUUGGUUUAUGGCUAUAUAUUGUACAUCCAGAAAGGUUACCAGGGCAAAUUAUCAUUGAUACCAUGAACAUCUCAUGUGGCCCCAGAACAGAAGAUGUCUUUUAUGCUGACAAUGUCAAUUCCACACAACCAGACUCUUGCCAGUAUUUAUCCUUCAGGCAUAAAUGUUUGCCAUGUGGAGAUCUUUUCAAGAACUGCAUGAGUGGUGUGAUUCAAACAGCAUAUAGGGACAUAUUUGGUGAAGGCAUACUUUAUAAACUCCUAACUGGAAAAAUCAUUACCAAGCCGUAAAGAAAAUGACCAAGUGCUGGAGAAUAAAAUUUUUAAGUUUUUGAGUGACCUAAUUGUCACAAUUUCAACCUUAAUAAAUAAAAAUAGAAAUGUAUUUUCUAUCAGAUGUUACCAAUGUGCUUAGAUAAAAGAGGAACUCCAAAGGUAAACAACUAGGAGAUCUGCAAGAAAUUUACAGGAAAACCUGGACAUAAGAAAAAAAUGAGUAUAAAUAGAUAAGAUGAAAAUUAUGAUAUCAAUAGGAUAAACACAUUAUUUUGGUAAAGAUUUUUCCGCAUGGAUGGAUAAUUAAUUGCUCAUAUAUCUAUUUGUAUGGGAUGCUACUGAAGGGAUCUUUGAAUGAUUGCAGUUAUCAAAUUUCA